AUGGGUUCUGGGGUUCACCAUGCUGACGCGCGUCGCAUCAGCCGCAGCAAGCAGAUACGCAAAGGCGGCCGCCGCCAGGACGAAAAGAUCCCAAAGCUGCUGCGGCCGCACCCACCGCCGUCAACGCCACCGCCGCCGCAGCAGAAGCAGCAGAAGCAGCAGCAGCAGCAGCAGCAGCAGCAGCAGCAGCGGCAGCAACAGCAGCAGCAGGAGGAGGAGGAGGAGAAGCAUGCCUUGCCCUUGCCCGCGCCCAACACCAAAAUCAGCGACGGCAUCCGCGUCAACCAACUCAUCCCGCUCAGGGAAGAUGAAGCCGCCGGCUUUGGCGGCCCGCAAGCCGCAGGCUUUGACGGGCUCCCGGCCGUCGGCUUUGGAGACCUCCAGGCCGCCGCUGGUUUUGGCGGCCCGCAAGCCGCCGGCUUUGGCGACCUUCACGCCGCCGGCUUUGGAGAGCCCGAGGCCGCCGCCGGCUUUGGCGGCCUCCAGGCCGCCGCCUUCGGAGAGCUCCAGGCCGCCGCUGGUUUUGGCGACCUGCAAGCCGCCGGCUUUGGCGGUCUCCAGCCCGUCGCCUUUGGCAAGCUCCAGGCCGCCGCUGGUUGGGGCGACCUGCAAGCCGCCGGCUUUGGCGGCCUCCAGCCUGCCGCCUUCGGAGAGCUCCAGGCCGGCGGCUUUGGCGGCCUCCAGGCCGCCGCCUUUGGAGAGCCUCAGGUCGCCGCCGGCUUUGGCGGCCUGCAAGCCGCCGGCUUUGGCGGCCUCCAGGCCCCCGUCAGCUUCCUCGCGCCGCAGGUGGCGAUCGGCGGCGACGAGGAGUGGGACGAUGAUAACUUCGGCGCCGACGGCCGCCAGGGCGAGCUGUUCGCGCCCAUUCCCCCGCUGGUCGACGGCUUCGACGAGCCGGCGCCGGCCUUUGCCGCAGACGGCGAGCUGCCCCUCACGCCGGCCGCCACGGUCGCCAGCCGCGCCGCACAGCGGCUGGCGGGCCUGGUGCUGCGGAACGUGCACCCGCGGCUGGCGGCGCACGCGGGCGGCCCCAGCGGCAGCUUCAGCGGCGGCGGCUUUGGCGACGACUUCCAUGCGCCGGCUGUGGUCGGGGUCCGCGUCGACUUCGGCGCUCCUGGGUUCUGGCGCCUACUCGGCCUGGCGGAGGCGGCGGGCGGGCCCCCGCUGAGCCUUGAGCCGCCGCCCUCAAGCGACAUCCUUGACUUCCUGCCGUUUCUGAGCCGGCCUGGGAGCGCCGCUGCCUGUGGGUUUGAGUGCCUGGGCCCCCGUGCGGCGCUGGUCGCGCCUGUGAUGCUCGGUGGCGGGCUGACGGGCGGCGGCGGCGGCGCUUUCAAUCGCUGUCCCCGCGGCAACAACAGCCGCGUGCUGGAGGUGGCCGUUGCGUCGUUCGCGCCUGGUGCAGGCCGCGCCGCCCUACCCCUGCAGGCCGUGGACUCCGAGGCGGACGCGCGGGCGCUGAUGAGGCUCGCGCCGCCGGUGGAGGCGUGGGGCCCUGUGCAGCGCGUCACGGCGUCCCCGCUGGUGACGGGCGGGCACGCGCAGGGGUUUGACCUUGACCUCGAGCCGGGUGGCAGCUUCCCUGUCGUCAUGUUGGCUGCGGGGUCGCUGGUCAGGGGAGGAUUUGGAGGUGAGCGGCGCCGGCAGGGCUGCGGCACGGACCGGGGGCCGAAGAGGCCGCGGCAGGAGCUGCAGCCCGACGCGCCCCGUGACGCGACGCGCCGCGCGGUGCUGCUGCACCUCGCUUUUCUCUUUCUGCAUUGCGCGGCCGCCAUGGCGGUGUGCAGCUUCCACCCCUCAGCGCGCGGCGACGGGGAGCAGGGGCCGCUGCAAGCCUCUGGUGCUGCUGCAGCGGCGGCCGCAGCUGAGGUGGAGCCCGAGCCGGAGCCUGAGUGGCUGGCCUCCGCGUGGAUGCUUGACCUCGCUGAAGGGCGCGUCAGGGUGCCCGUGCCCGCGGCGCUGGGGCAGGCCCUGUUGGGCCUGCUUGACCCCGAAAGCGCCGCCAACGCGGCGCUGAGGGCCGCCCUCCCCCACGCAGGCGACAACAGCUGCUCGUGA